CUUAUUGCUAUAGCUGAUGGUUUAUUAUUAUUUAAGAUUCAUCAUUUAUAUCGUCAAUCGAAUGCUAAUCUUGAACAAGCACAACUAGAAUUUCAAUCGGCUUUUGCUAAUAAUCGAACUGUACGUGGAGCAGCACGAGAAGUUGCUUCAUCUGGUAUCAAUCAAACAUAA